AUGUACUACAAACUGGCAUCUAUAUAUAAUACUUGUAUUAAAACCAAUUAUUUUCCAUGUUUUCCUCUGCCGCCACCACAUGAUUAUCCUCCAUCUCCUCCAAAAGUACUGCCACCACCUCCGAAGUUGACGCCUCGUUAUAAACCUCCAACUCCUCCAACUCCCAAUGUGGCAUCACCCCAUUAUAUUCCAAACCCUCCCAAAGCGCAACCACCUCAUCCUAAUGCCCCAUCCUUCCCCCACGUACCACCAUCUCCCACCAACCCUUCCCCCCCAAAGGUACCUCCACCGGCGCCACAUAAUCCAUUCUAUCCACCACCACCAACUACUGCAAAACCACCUCCCUCUCCUAUUGUGACACCACCACCUCCACCGCCAGCACCCGGACAUCAUUCAACUGUAAUAGUCGUUGUAUUUGUUUCUCUUGGCGGUCUAUUCUUCCUUGCGUUCCUCUCAGUUGCUAUAUGCUGCUUCAUUAAGAAGAGAAAGAAGGAAAUGGAAGUCAUUGCAACAGGCCCUCAUGCUGAACAAAACGCGGUAUUACUCAAAAAAGACGAUACUCAUGCUGAUGAAGAAAUCAAGAAAAAUAAAAAGACUAGUGUAGGAAAAUCACAUCCACAUGAUCUCAAUAAAUCUUCACAAGAAAAUUCUCAUUCUCAAGCUUCCGAUGCAUAA